UUCCACUCGCACACGUGCGCAGAAGUUAAUUAAUGGAUUAAACGUGGAGAAGGUAGAAGACCGAGACGUUCCGAUGUGUCGUGAGAGAGGCCAGAUUUUUAACAUAUACGAGUUGAAGAGAAAGAAGUAAAAGAGAAAAAUAAAGUUACGAUAUAUAUCAAAACGUUCGUUUCCGCGUUCGACUGCCGGCAACAAAGGAAAUUCACGAAUGCAGAGUAGAAGGCGAUCGAGAUCGUAAACAAGAAGAAAAUGAGCUCUGGCGAUUGCAAAAGCAGCGAGAAUGAGGAUAUCGAAAAUUCGGAUGAAAGCGACAGACCGUCGGGCGAGAGGUGGGCGCCUGUUGGUGCAAACGAUGGCGACGAUUUUCCCGACGAGUACAAGUAUAUAGAGGUGGAGAAUUUAUCGUACGAUAUGGAGAGGCUGAAGAUGCUUGAAGAAGAACAGGAGAUGUUAAACUCGUCUCUCAUUGCAUUGACCACUCACUUUGCCCAGGUUCAGUUUCGUUUGAGACAAAUUGUGGAUGCACCAACGAACGAAAAGGAAACGUUGCUCAAAGAAUUGGAAGAGUUCGCCUUCAGGGGAAUACCAGAUGUUCCAAAUAAUUUAUCGUUCGAUAGUAGAUCAAUUACACCAACUUCUCCAAUGUCCUGCAAGCAAAGCAUAUCUGGAGUAAUAAAUGAUGUUGAUGUUGAAUCUAAAGUGGCAUUACAAAAAACAAAACAAAAAGAAUUAAUAUGUCAACUGAAAUCUCAGUUAGAAGACUUAGAAAAGUAUGCCUAUGAAACUGGUAAUGCCGAUUUACCACAAAGUAUGAUAUUAGAAAGGCAGAAUAUUAUAAUCAACCAUAUAAAAGAAAAGUUGAAUUUCAAUGUUGAUGAUCUUUGUAAAUUACCAGUUGAUGACUUAAGAUGGCAAGUAGAUUAUGCUAUAAGUCAGAUUGUUAGCCCUUUAAAAAUGAAAGAACAGUUAGUAUCCCAACUGAAAACACAAAUCGCAGAUUUAGAACGUUUUAUAAAUUAUCUUCAAGGAGAAGUCAGUACAGAAACUUUAGCUUGCACCUGUGCUUGUCCAGUGCAUACCAGUGGUUCUGCUGGUUCUACUUCAUAUGCUAAAAAGUCAUUCAAUAGAAAAACAGAGGAGGAAAAUAGAACGAAAACUUUGAACACUGUAAAAAAAGUCGUAGCUCUAUUGCAUAUGUUCCUAGUAUCUCAGUUAGGAUGUGGUAGUGAACGAGUUCGAAGAAACUUUAAGAAAAAAUCUGUACAUAAUUGGCGCGAUUUACGAACAAGAUUGGAUAUUGCUGUCGAACAUGUUAUAGAAACUAUUGCUGAGACUGAGCGUCACCCAGAAGAUGAUGAUAUUGCUAAUGAAAACGAUUAUGCCUCAGAUUCAGAUUCUAUGUCGCAUUGCAAUGCUAGAAUAACAACUGCUGUAAGGAAGCAUCUAGCAACUUCCAUACGUGAUUUAAUACAACACGGUUUAAUGUCUGAUGCGCGUUCCAGUAGUGUUGUACCAUUCGUGGGAUGUUUUCCCCAAAGAAAUUCUUCUACUUAUAAUUUAAUGCAUGCAUGGGAACUGAUAUUGAAGUAUUAUGAAAUUAAAAAUGGCCACCGUUACAAUUCUAGUCCUGCACAAAAGUUAUCCCAAAGUUUCAAUCUUGAUCUAGCAGGUGGGAGAGUUGUUUCUUCUAAACAGAUUUUGAACAAUUUUCAGAGUUUAUUAACCACAAUUGGAAAUAUCAUUGCAUCACAUAGUCCAUACAAAAGGAGUUAUGAUUCUCAUUUUAAAGCAUUUAUAUGCGCAUCACUCAAUGCUAAUAAACUUGUUGUUUGGUUAAGACUUAUCUUGCAAUGCCAAUAUCUUCUUGAAAAUCAUUAUACAUCGUGGAGUUAUGUUGUAAAAACAGGUUUCCAGGAUGCAUUCCACACUCUCGACCGCCUUACCAACUACAGAUUUGAUUUACCAGUUGACUUGGCAGUACGACAGUUUCAGAAUAUAAAAGAUGCAUUUUGAUUGCAAAGAAUGUCAAUGAUCAUAUGUACAAGGAUAUACAGAAACUUGUAGCAAACGAAAGACAAAAUACCAAAUACUGCAAUUACAUAAUUAACAAAUGAUGUAUUUUAACUUUACAUUGACGUCAGAAUAGUAUAUUAUUUUUUUAUAAUUUUCAAGUAUUAACUUGCAAAAAACAUUCCCUUCGUCAUUUUUUAAACAAUAAUUUAGUAUUAAACAAGUUUUAUCGUGCAAUAAUGUAGACGUAAUAACUUAAAGUAUCAGUAUUUCAGACUUAAAUUUUUCAAAUUUAGGUUUUUAAUUAGUUUAUUUUGAAAGUAUAAAAUAUUUUAAUGCACGUAAGGAAGAAAAAGUGAUCGCAUGAUGCAUGGAAAAAUGUCAAUGACGAUCUUAUGAUAUAAAUGCAGUAAUUCUGCCUGACAUAAUAUGGACUGAAAUAUAUCUAUACAUUAUUUAGUUCUUUUGAACUGCAUUUUUAGACAUUGCACAUUCUUGGUAAAUUAUUAAAUUUAAAAUACUAGACUUUUGUUUACAUAAAUUAAAAAAAUAAUCUCGUAAAUUUAAAACGAAUUUAUAAAAUUGAAGAACGUGGUUUUCACUGUGAUUAAACAUAAGAUCUUAAUAGUAAAUUUUAUCACAAAGGAUAAAAGAAAUCAUGUUACUUCACAUUAAGAAUUAAUAUUUAUCAAAACCAAAAAUUGUUUUUAGCACUCCAUAAUUGCAAUAAGUUAUUUCUCUGAUUUUAAUUUUAGUAUCAUUUUACACGUUGCAGUUAAUAGAUACAUAAUUUUAUAGUGAUAUAUCCGUGAAGCGGUAACUACAUCUAAUAACGAUGUACUUCGAUGUUGCAAUAUAUUGUCAAUACUUUAUCUCUGUUGCAUUUUAUAGAAUUUUAUAAUUGAUUUGAAUUUUAUGUAUAGUGUAAAUGUUUAGUUAAUUAUAAAGAAAAAAGUAUUUCUUGUAAUAUAACUAGUUGAAAAAAGAAGCGUCAUAUCAUGUUUUUCUAUAUAGCAGCAAAUUAUUGUUUCUAAUUUUAUGAAUAUUAUUUCAUAAGGCAAACAUAUAAAUUUUGAAAUAUGUAUCUUAUUAGAACAUAUGGAUUGUUCUCAAGUAGUAAUUUACAGGAUAUGCAUAUAUGCAGAUAUACACGACUAUUGUAUCGCCUACAUGAGAUAUUUCACAUAUAAGAUAGUUUUAAGAAUGUUAAUUGUAUUAUACAAUAUAAAUAUCUGCUUUUUAUAUACAUAAUGAUGAUUUGACGUUAGUUUAUUGAAAAAAAUAUGCGAAAAUAUAUUUAUGGAGCAAUGUA